AUGCUCUCUUCUGUCUCCAGUACCUUGAGGGUACAAUCCAAGAGAUUGCCCGUUGCAAUUGCCAGAAGCUAUGCUCUUUCAGCCCACGCUCAGGCACUCAUCUCCAAGCCAGUUCAGGAAGUAGACCCGGAAAUGGCUGAGAUCUUGUCUCAAGAGAAAGCCAGACAAAAGAACUCCAUCACGUUGAUUCCUUCCGAAAACUUCACCUCAAAGGCCGUGAUGGACCUUUUGGGAUCGGAAAUGCAGAACAAGUACUCCGAAGGCUACCCAGGCGAGAGAUACUAUGGUGGAAAUGAAAUUAUCGACAAAGCUGAGUCAUUAUGUCAGAAAAGAGCCCUUGAAGCUUUUGACUUAGACCCUGCACAGUGGGGUGUCAAUGUCCAGCCAUUAUCGGGUGCUCCAGCCAACUUGUACGCCUACUCAGCUGUUCUUGAAGUCGGAGACAGAAUUAUGGGUUUAGACCUUCCUCAUGGGGGCCAUUUGUCGCAUGGUUACCAAACCCCGUCCGCUAAGAUCUCGUACAUCUCCAAGUACUUCCAGACGAUGCCAUAUCGUUUGAACGAGGAGACAGGUAUCAUCGACUACGACACCUUGGAGGCCAACGCCAUUUUGUUCAGACCCAAGAUCAUUGUUGCUGGUGCUUCUGCCUACUCUCGUGUCAUUGACUACCGUAGGAUGCGCGCAAUUGCCGAUAAGGUCGGAGCCUACUUGUUGAGCGAUAUGGCCCACAUUUCCGGUUUGGUCUCGGCCGGAGUGACUGAUUCUCCAUUCCCAUACUCGGAUAUCGUCACCACGACCACGCACAAGUCAUUGAGAGGUCCCAGAGGUGCCAUGAUCUUUUUCAGAAAGGGUAUCAGAAAGGUAACCAAAAAAGGUAAAGAAAUCCCCUACGACUUGGAAAGAAAGAUCAACUUCUCUGUCUUUCCUGCCCACCAGGGUGGUCCACACAACCACACCAUCUCUGCGUUGGCUGUGGCCUUGAAGCAGACACAAUACCCUGAAUACAAAGAGUACCAGAGAGAUGUCGUUGCCAAUGCUAGCUCAUUUGCCAAUGCUCUUGUGUCACGUGGUUUCAAAUUGGUCUCUGAUGGAACUGAUACCCACUUGAUUCUUGUUGACUUGAGAUCCAAAAAUAUUGACGGAGCUCGUGUUGAGGCUGUUUUGGAGAGAGCCAAUAUCGCUGCCAACAAAAAUACUGUUCCAGGCGAUAAGUCGGCUUUAUUCCCCUCGGGCUUGAGAGUUGGAACCCCAGCAAUGACUACCAGAGGCUUCGGCCCUGAGGAAUUUGACAAGGUUGCCAAGUUGAUAGAAAAGGCUGUAGAAAUCUCGCUUGCCUUGAAAGCUCAGGAACAAGGUUCUGUCCCUAAGGAGUUGUUGGCUUCGUUCAAGAAGUUGGCUGAUUCUAGUGCUGAAGUCAAGGCUUUGGCCAAAGAAGUAUCGGACUGGGCCUCGACCUUCCCUGUCCCAGGCGACUUGUAAGUUGCCCGCAAGUUAUUAGCAGUGUAAAUAUGACUCUAUGUGAAUAUAUGAGUAAAGAAU